CACUUUCAUGUGAAAGGUGGAGGUCUUUCAUCAGACAUAGGAGAUAUGGCAAGUGAGAGUGGUGAAAUAACAUUUGCACAUACUGAGCGAUUACAACUUCCAGUGAAAAUACAGGAUGGUGCAGGUACCUGGAGCAGCAGAAACAUCUCAGGUUGUCUCCAACAAAGCUGCCUGGAUUGCCUCACAAUGUCCCCCAGGGCCUAUCAAAUUCAAACUUCUCCGAACACCACCAUAUUAUCCAUGUGCUGAGACUACAUAGUUGUGGCUGUCUAGCUGGCCCUGGACACGAAACUGGUAGUAUUUCAGAGAAAGCUGCUUUGAAUGUUCUGGCUUUCAACCUCCUAUUAGCAACGUAAAUUUUACUUCCAGGACCACAAGACUACAUUUCCCCACAUCAUUAGUGUCACCAUGCACCAUGACCACUGACUCUUCUGUUGACCAUUGAACUGUACUGUCACUGAGUUUAUUUUCCAUCAAGUCUGCAAGUCUGGAAAUCUGUAGCUAGAAGGAGUUAUGUCUUUGCCCAGUCUGGGAACGGACAGCCAAGGCUGUUGCCAUGGUAGCAUCAAGAUAGACUGGGAGAGUUCUAGCAGCUAUCUGUGUUGAGCUGGCUUCUUCUGUGUCAUGUCUUCGAACUGAGACCUUCUCUGCUGGGGGGGGAGCAACUCUACAUGUAAUCUUAAAGCCUUAAGCCAUAAUGUCUUGUAGUAAAGACUCUUAACCUGAUCUAAUGCCUCUGUGAUGUUUCUUGCUCAACUUAACUCCGAUGUAACGUAUGCUGUUUCACGCAACAACGCACACACAUCAACAGGGUUAUGGGCCCAGAUCCACAGCGCAUUACACAGGAGUAAGUGGCUGGUCUGAAUGGCAGACGGAGUUCCAGAGGGCAGCUUGAUCGAUUGUACCAGACAGAGGUGAGCAACAUGGCUGUAAACCUGUCUGGGGGAGGCUUGCCAAUGGAAAGAUUGACGGAAAAGAAUUAUGCCAGCUGGAAGCCGAGGAUGCGGGCUUUGCUGAUAAAAGAGGAUUUAUGGGACAUUAUAGAUGGACCCCCUCCGGCGGUACUGACCGCGGCCUGGACGCGUAGAGAUCAGAAGGCGCAAGCUUUUAUACUUCUGGCUCUAUCAGACUCUCAACUGUUACACGUGAGGGAUGUUACAAACGCCAAACAGAUGUGGGACGUGUUGGAGGCCCUACAUGUGCAACAGACUGCGGGAUCUAAAUUGUGUUUGGCAAGGAAGCUAUACCAGAUGUGCUUCACGGGUGAGUGUGAAAUGAGUGAGCAUCUCACUGAAUUCAGGCGCCUAUUUGCUGAGUUGCAGGAUCGAGGCAUGGAACACUCUGAACUUCAGAAGACCUAUCUGAUCCUGGCUUCACUCGAUGGGACUUGGAAUAAUAUGGUCAUGGCUUUCGAAGCCAUGCCUGACGGAGAUCUAAACGUUGCAUUUAUUGAGGAAAAACUGUCCCAGGAAUGGCAGCGGAGACAAGAGGCGAAAAGUGCUGAGGAAAAGCAAAGAGCCAAGCUGAAAGAAGAAAGCAGCUGCAGACAGGAAAACAAGCGGGAGCAGCAGCGGCUGAAAUCUUGUUAUGCCUGUGGGGCUCGUGGGCAUCUUCAAAGAGACUGUGCAGUCAAGCGCAACUCCAGUGAAGGAGGCUUGAAGCAGGGAAGUGUGAACUUUGUUUGUAAACAGAAGCCACAAACUUUAGCACCUGUUGACUGGAUUCUUGACAGCGGUGCAAGCCAUAUAUUAAUCAAAGACAGGAGUUUGUUUUACGCUUCAGAAGACGUGCAUGAUUUUGUUUCACUAGCGGAUGGAUCAUGCAAGAAUGUGGAAGCCCGAGGACUGGUGAGAUUUGAUAAACUUGGAAUACUGUCAGAUUGUUUGUUUGUACCAGAACUGCAUCAUAACAUGUUGUCUGUGAGAAAACUGGUGAGUUGUGAUUUUUCAGUCUUGUUUCACAAAGACCAAUGUUUUGUAAUGAGGGGAGAUCAAGUGUGCAUGCAGGGAAGCCUUAAUGAUUCACAGUUUAAAAUGUCCAUGGGUGUGAAGUGUGCUGAUGCCUUGAGUUUAAUGGGGCGGAAAGGGAAUGACGGUCAGGGCUGUAAACAGACAGCCGUAAAAGGCAUGCUGUCGGUAUUCACUGCCCAGAUGGAGGAGGUUCACAGAGAACUAGAAGAGCCAUCAUCAUUUCAAGCAAUCAGGCUGAUGCCUGAGGCAGAGCAGCACAAAUGGCAGCAGGCCAUGCAGGAAGAAUUACAAGCCAUGCAAAAGAAUGGCACGUGGACAGUAGUAAAGUUACCCAUGGGUAAAAAGGCCGUAGGUUGCAGAUGGGUGUUUAAGAAGAAGAAAGCAAGUUCCGGGGAAGUACAGAGGUACAGGGCACGUUUGGUAGCCAAGGGAUUCACCCAGCAACAUGGAACAGAUUUUGAUGCUGUUUUCGCCCCGGUUGUGAAACAUGAGUCUAUUCGUGUUCUGAUGAAACUAGCAGCGAUGCAGAAGAUGCACAUUAAUCAUUAUGAUAUAGACACAGCAUUCCUCCAUGGUGAUUUAAAGGAGGAGAUAUACAUGGAUCUGCCUCCGGGUUCUGUGUCACAGGAAGGGUUUGUGUGCAAGUUACAUAAGUCUAUCUAUGGAUUGCGGCAGAGUGCACGCUGCUGGAAUGAGAAAUUGGACAGUGUGUUACAAGGGAUGGGAUUUCAAAGGUGCAAGGCAGAUCCCUGUGUAUAUGUCCAGAGAAAAGGAACACAAACCAAUAUCUGUGCUGUUUAUGUGGAUGACAUCAUGUACAUGUAUCAUGAUCAGCAAGAGGAAAAGGAAUUCAGGGAGCAACUGGGCAGGCAGGUGGACACAAAGAAUUUGGGGCCUGUCACACACUAUUUAGGCACGGAUAUUGUGCGUGCAGAAGACGGAAGCAUAACAUUGAGUCAGGAAAGUAAAAUAAAUCAAAUCAUAGAAGAAUGCAACAUGACAGAAUGCAAUGUUGUGAAGACUCCAAUGGUUGUGGCUUUCCAACAGAAUGUGCAGGAGACGCCCUGUACAGAACCUGAGAAGUACAGGCGCAUAAUAGGGAAAUUGCAAUAUUUGGUGAAGGUGUCUCGCCCAGACAUAUGUAAUGCAGUCAGCAUUUUAAGCCGGAAGGUAGAGCAUCCUUCAGAGGCUGACUGGCAGGGAAUUAAAAGGAUAGUGCGUUAUCUGAAAGGCACGAAGACAAAAAGUCUAGUUUUGACAGGAGCAAAGACAGGAGGUCUUGAAUGUUUUGUGGAUGCAGAUCAUGCAGGGGAGCUGAGCAGUCGUAAGUCAACCUCUGGCAUAGUUAUGAUGUGGCACGGAUCUUGCAUUGAUUGGAGUAGCAAGAAACAGACUAUGGUUGCAACAUCAAGUGCAGAAGCAGAGUAUGUGGCCUUAUCCCAGGCCUGUAAUGAGUUGCAAUGGUUCACAAUGCUCAUGCAGGAUUUAGGCAUGGAGAUACAACUACCAAUCACUGUACAUGAAGACAAUCAGACUUGCAUCAAGAUAGCCACAUCAGAAGAUCAUACCAAAAUAACAAAACAUAUUAGUGUCAGAUACUUUCACGUAAGGGAUUGUGUGCAGCAGGGGUUCGUUAACCUGACAUUCUGUGACACUAACAACAUGGUGGCUGACAUAAUGACCAAGCCGUUGUGUGAGGAGAAGUUUGGAAAACUGGUAAAAAGGCUUGGAAUGAGUUGAAGUUUGAUUGAAUAAAGUGUUAGCUAAAUGUACAGAGAUGUUCUGAACUGUACUGAAAUGUAAACUGUAUUGCAAGAUGUAUUGUAGAAAUGUAUUAUUAUUGUUGUCAUGAAUUACAGACAUGAUGGGAAAAAGGGGGGGAUUGUUGACCAUUGAACUGUACUGUCACUGAGUUUAUUUUCCAUCAAGUCUGCAAGUCUGGAAAUCUGUAGCUAGAAGGAGUUAUGUCUUUGCCCAGUCUGGGAACGGACAGCCAAGGCCGUUGCCAUGGUAGCAUCAAGAUAGACUGGGAGAGUUCUAGCAGCUAUCUGUGUUGAGCUGGCUUCUUCUGUGUCAUGUCUUCGAACUGAGACCUUCUCUCCUGGGGGGGGGGAGCAACUCUACAUGUAAUCUUAAAGCCUUAAGCCAUAAUGUCUUGUAGUAAAGACUCUUAACCUGAUCUAAUGCCUCUGUGAUGUUUCUUGCUCAACUUAACUCCGAUGUAACGUAUGCUGUUUCACGCAACAACGCACACACAUCAACAUCUUCCUCAGGUCCUUGUGGUGUGCACACCCAUCACAAACACAGCUAUUUAUGCCCCUAAUGAUAGAAUCAGCCACUACCAAGAUCCCCCUGCCCCUGGAGGACUAUCCUCAGCAUGAGAGGAUAACUGCUUUUCCCACAAGGA